UUUAAGGGGAAAGCACAGACCAAGGUCUUUGUAAAGCCUCCUGGUCCUCCAGUUCCUGUGACAACUGAUAAAAGUGGUUCUGUUGUUAUCUCUGUUCAUGCCAAACCAGGAUCUAAACAAAAUGCUGUAACAGAUCUGACCACCGAUGCGGUAAGUGUGGCCAUCGCAGCCCCUCCAUCCGAAGGGGAAGCCAACGCAGAGCUCUGUCGUUAUCUUUCUAAAGUCCUUGAAAUCAAGAAGAAUGAUGUCGUACUGGAGAAGGGGAGUAAAUCACGAGAAAAAGUGGUGAAAAUUUUGGCCCCGCUGACUCCAGAGGACGUUUUAGAGAAGCUGAGGAAAGAGAGUUCCAGCUGAAGCUACGCGUGACCAAAGUCUUAACAAGUGGUUUGAUGCAAAGGACGACUACCUUUAGGUAUAUGGGAGCUCACAAAUACAAGUGGUGGAGAAUCCAACAAGAAAUCUGUAGACAGCUAUAAAGCUUAAUUUAAGAUAUUUUUUAAAAAAAGGGUUCGGUUAUUUUAGCGUCAUGAUAACAAGGCGCAGAGUUAUUUGAAAGAGCUUCGUCAGUCCCAUCAUGACAUGUUUUUCAAGUCGGUUCUUUUGGAGUAUGUUUGUUUAGCUCAGGGGUAGGCAACCUUGGCUCUUUUAUGACUCGUGGACUUCAACUCCCAGAGUUCCUGAGCCAGCCAAGCACCAAGAAGAAGUGGGCCGGCUGG